AAGUGCUCCUUAAUCCCUAGUCAUUAUUAUCUCAAGUACACGUCAGGUUGUUAGGUUGGCAACACAAAGUAAACAGAUCCUUUUCAUUCAUCAUUUGAAAUGUACACGAUCACGUGCUAAAGGGAUGAUACCUCAAAUAAACACAGAAAGUUCAUCAUGUAGGAAAGACGCCUUGUCAUAUAUUGAGAAAAUGUAUCGUGUACGCGGAGAAUCCCAACCUGGUGGCUAUGGUACUGGAGAUUCUCUAAGAUGCAUCUUCUUGUGCGAAUUUCAUCCCACAGCUGGACCAAAGAUCACUUGCCAAGUUCCAGAAAAUUACAUUUCAAAAGAAAGUUUUGAUGCUGUUAGUGUAUAUAUAAUACCUAAAGCCCAGUUACAAAGAAGUACUAUUACAAUUACUUUAUUUGAAUCAAAGAUCCUUGGUUUUCCUAUUAGAAUAGAUGAUAAGAAAUAUGCUAGAAAUGCUUUCUAUUUCAAUUUGUGUUUUGUAUGUGAUGCAUCAGCACGCAGUGUACAAUAUGAACCUGUUGUCAAAAAGUUUGCUGACUAUUUGAUGACUAUGGAAUUGGAAUUCCAUUUCCUUUCAAAUCAGAAACAGACUCCAAAUGAGAAGAUCAGACUACCGAAAAUGUUGCAACAAGUUUUAAAUGAUCUGAACAAUCAUAAAAUGUGCACCCUUACUGCUGGAACAACCACCACACAUUUGAAAGUAGUUAGAAUUUCAAAAGAUCCAGAACCUGUUCAAGACCAUGAAGUUCCUAUCUUCAUUGAAGAUGAAAAUGUUUUCCGUAGAGAACAAUGGGACCUUACUACAUAUCAGGUUACCUAGAUUUUCCUUUUGUAUUUAUUAUAUAAAAGCGUAUUAUCUGUGUGUGUUCCAUAAAAUAUAUUCAACCACUGGAGAGUUGCAAUUCAAAACAAAAUGUGUAUUUUGUUUUUGUGGAGC